CGAGCAAACCGCUGAGGUUGACAGCUUAUGGCAUAAACUCAUCAUCAAUUGAGCUUUCAUGGUCGGAGCCAGAAAACAAGAAUGACAUAAUACAUGGGUAUCGUGUAUACUAUAUGCACUCCAAUUUGACCGAGGUCCAAACAUUGAAAAAAAAUAAUGAGACAAUCGAGUUUGUGCUGAACGAAUUGGAGCCGAUGACAGAAUACAAAAUCUGGGUGAAAGCAUUCACCUGGAAGAAUGAGGGUGAGCCAUCUGAUCACAUUAUGCAAAAGACUGAUGUUGCGGGUCCGAGUGCACCCGUAAUUCUGAACGUAACAUGCCAAGCCCAGGAUGCCAUUUAUAUUUACUGGUCACGACCCGACAUUUUUUGGAAUUCCAUUGAUUAUUACUACAUUAUGUAUCGAAAUGAUUUGGUACACAAAUAUGAUGAAAUUGAAAUUCCGACGUCCAAGGAGCAUCUCAACAGCGGGAUUACUAUACCAAAUCUCACAAUGAAUACAAUGUACGAACUGAUGGUUUGCGCUGGUACGAACAGUUCCAUCAAUCCACACCUGACAAUACGUGGCAACUGCAGUAUACCUAGAAGUCAACUGGUAGCACGUAACUGUGAUAAAGCACCUUCUCUAAUGCGUCAUAGUACAGACGAACUAAGUGCAGGGGUAAUAGCUGGAAUGAUUUGCGCAUGUUUCGCUGUUACGCUUACAAUCACUGCACUGGUACUAUGGAGGCGCAUUUUCAGGAAAUGUUUCCAAACAACGUACUGCUUCUUGGAUUAUCCACCGAGGAACGUGCCGAUAUUACAAGAAUGGGAAAACAGUAAACAGGACGGUGAAAGGACAACCGUUCCAGUUCACCACUUUGUACAACAUGUUGCGGCACUGCAUGCCGAUGGGGAUAUUGGAUUCAGCAAAGAAUUUGAGUUAUUCCCGAAGGAGACUGAGCUCUAUUUGGCGGAUAGUUCUAAGUCGGCGGAGAACCAAACAAAGAAUCGUUAUGGAAAUAUUAUUGCAUAUGAUCACUCUCGUGUCCGACUCUUGCCCUGCAGCAGUAGUCCGCCCAACAAAGGUCAUGAUUACAUUAAUGCCAACUAUAUAGAUGGAUGGCAAAAAUCUCAUGCUUACAUUGGGACUCAAGGACCUCUCCAAUGGACAAUCGACAGUUUUUGGCGCAUGGUAUGGGAGCAGCGAGUAUCAACAAUCGUCAUGAUUACAAAUCUUGUUGAACGUGGACGAGCCAAGUGUGAUAUGUACUGGCCGAAAGAAGAAACUGAAAUUUACGGAAAUAUUCAAGUAACACUUAUCAAAGAGGACAUCAUGGCAACUUAUACAAUUCGCACACUACACAUUCGUCAUCUGAAAGUUAAGAAGAAGAAGAAGAAGGACACAAAUAUUGGCGAACGUACAGUUUACCAGUAUCAUUACACCGGAUGGCCUGAUCAUGGCGUACCGGAUCAUCCAUUACCAGUACUGAGUUUCAUUCGUAAAUCGUCAAGUGCUAAUCCACCAUCAGCUGGACCCAUCAUUGUUCAUUGCAGCGCUGGUGUUGGUCGUACCGGUGCGUACAUAGUAAUUGACGCCAUGUUGAAACAAGCGAAGAGUAAGGGUGAAAUUAAUAUAUUCGGCUUCCUCAAGUAUAUACGCACACAGCGCUACUCCCUAGUGCAAACUGAAGAACAGUACAUCUUUAUUCAUGAUGCCUUGCAGGAGGCAAUUGAAAGUGGAGAGACUAAUAUCGAAGUUGAAAAUUUACUUCAAUAUGUACAAAAUAUGAUAUCGCCAACAAAUGCAAAGUCUGAUCCCUGGAAUAGUCUGGAGGCGCAGUAUAAACUUGUUACAUCCUGGAAACCAAAAGAUUUUAAUUUAGUAUCAGCAACAAAGCAGUGUAAUACGCAUAAAAAUCGUAAUCCUGAGAUUGUAUCAAUUGAAAGUUCACGCGUACACUUAACUCCAAAAGCUGGGAUCGAUGGCAGUGAUUAUAUCAAUGCAUCGUGGUUCCCUGGAUUUAAUAAAAAUCGUGAAUUCAUAAUAACACAACAUCCGCUCCGAAAUACCAUCAAUGAAUUCUGGCAAAUGCUUUGGGAUCAUAAUUCGAAGACAAUUGUCAUGCUGACACAAUGUGAUGAGGAUUAUCCAGAAUUUUGGCCGAAGGAAGGGGAGGAACUGAAGACAGAUAAUUUUCGAGUUCAUUUGUAUGGAAUUAAUACAACCGCAAAUGGUGUUGUGCUAAGGGAAAUGGUGAUCAGAUCACUUCAGGAAGACUACGAAAUGAGGGUAAAAAUUGUUCAAUGCCCAGUUAAUCAGGGUGGACUGUGGCCGCAUAACGAUAACCCGAAGGCUUUUAUCAGUUUGAUACGAGAUUUUCAGGCAGAAUAUCAGAAUGGUCCGAUUGUUGUUGUGGAUAAAUUUGGGGGAAUUGAGGCUGCUUUGUUCAUUUUGCUGACGACACUCAUGAAGCAGCUUGAUUUUGAAAAGACUGCUGAUAUUUAUAUGCACUCCAAAUUAUUAUAUAUGAAGAGACCCGGGAUUUUACGUUCGAAGGAUGAUUACAUGUUCAUCUACAGAUCCCUAGAGAAGCUAUUGACAUCAAAAGUCAAGGUGGCUCCUGAUGGCUACAUAAUGACUAAUGGCCAUGUAAACUGCUCUAAUGGUUCGAACAGUUCCACAACUGUUCAAUCACCCCAACAGAUACAAGCUGCAUACACAAUGAAGAAUAUUUCAGUCUGUGAAUAUGCAGGUGGUAAUGCGCCAAUGGAAUAUGCUACAGAUUACGCCAAUCCCAAUCAUAUUAAUUUAAUCAAUGAUCUUGGGUGUCCACCGAUCGAUGGUUGCGCUGAUUUUAGUGAUCAUCAUAUCAUAACUGAUAUCAAUAGCAUAUCCUUCACAAGUCAAAGCUAUGUUACAGAUUCUGAGAUCGAUGGUGAUGGCUACAUUACCAAUGGUAAUAUGAGAAUUCCGCCUGAGGGUAUGGAAGCAACUGCCAUUACGCCUGAAUGAUGGAAGCAUUCUGCGUAUAACGCUGAACAUAUAUUAUGGCGUACUAUUGUGAAACGUCCUGUUCAUAACAAGUACACUUUAUUCCAUUUCAGUCAUUUCGGCUACAGUUUAUAUGGUUAUUACACUAUUAUGAAAGUUACUCAUAAAAAAAAUUCCAACACUGAGUAGUAUCAAACUCACUCUGAUUUUGGUGAUUGCAUUUGAAUUGGUUGAGUCCGAUCAGUAGAAUCAAUAAUUUAUCUUGACAGUACUAAGAAGCUAAGUUUAGAUAGAAUUUGCAAAAUAUUUCGCGAAUAUCUGAAAAAGGAUGAGAUUUACAGAAAUUCAUCAGAAGGUCGCCUUUACUGAAAAUUUCAUGCUUCCUACAAAAAAUUUUAAUACAUUUUUCGAUGAAUUCAUUCGUUUGACAUCUAUUUGUAAAAUAACUGGCAGACAUUUUUCGUUCUCAUCUAUUUCUUUUACAGUGCAAAUGUUCUGAUGAACAAAAAUAUUAGUACAUGAUAAAAUGUGGUGAGACUCAUAUGAGUGAGACAAUGUAUACGUAAAAAAAAAAAACAGAAAACUUAUAGUGACAGCAUGGUCAAACGAAUCAAUUUGGAUGAACCUCGAAAAAUUCAGAUACCAAUACCGAAAUUUUUGUUGCGAAGUUUUCUCGGAUUCACCAUGAAAAAUUGCUGUAUUUCGUAACACCUGCCACAUGAUUCUUUAUGAGUCCGUCGAAAUGGUCCAAUUCUACCGUACUUAUUACGACUAAUUUUUCUCAUAUUUUUUUCUCCGUGUAAUGCGGAAGAAUUGAGUAGGAGAUCAGUCUAGAGGGCGCCUAAAUGAAUUCCAGAAAGUAAUUAUUUUGAUGUUUCUAAGAUUCGAUAUGGUGAUACAACUUUAUAGUCCAUUUUGACAUGGAAAUAUAAAGAACUCUUAUAAUAUUAUUAAUGAAAAAUAACCAUAUAUCUAAGUGUAAAUAGUAGACGGUACAUACGAUAAAUCCGAGUUUGCCAAAGAAAUUCAGAUAGGUGGACGUACGUAGUUUAGCAAUCACAUGGUCAACAGGCACCGCGUAUAUGAACAUCUUCCAUAAGACAAUUAUUGCUAUGAUCUCAUUCUUUGAAUUUUUUUUAAAUUUCAUACCAGUUUUGUUAUUGAAGAAAUGAACGAAAGCAUAUUACAUUAUUUUAGGACAUAUUACUUCAUUCGAAUUUCACUAAUUUCAUCAAUUGUACCAUUUCAGUUGAUCGAAUCCAAAUAACAAAAUUAUUUCUCAAGUGAAGUAAUAUCACGGAAUUAGUUAAAUUGUAUUUGACAUAUAAAAGUGGACUCAUCCCGGAAUCCAGUCAUUUUAGGAGGGAAUUUCUGGAGAUUUAUCAUAUAACUGGAACAAUUCUCACUUGUAAUACCCCGAUUAAUGAUGCAAAUCAGGAAUUUCCGGAGGAUUAUUUCCGGCGUAAUCAUGUUGGACGAUCAGAAUACGGUAUGCUAGUCAUGGGCUAUUUUCCGAUAACUUCAUUGCAUAGAACGAGAUGUAUCAAAUCCUACAGGCUGAAAGUCUCGAGGGCACCGCACGAAGGAAUUUUCUGCAAAAUAUAUGAAUUUUUUCUAUGCCGGGAGUUUUGAGGAAAUUAACUGAUAAUUUGAGAGCACGAGUGGUAUUUAAUAGAAGAUUCAUUUUACUAUGAUGUCCACUGAUCGGAGUAGACGAUUUCAAGGAAAAAACAAAUGUAGAGCUACUAAUAUGUGUCCACCAAUAAAUGAAGAACUACUGGCUUACUUUAAUACUGCCACAAUGUUUUGUUGGCGGAAUUACUAAGAACACACGAUGAAUAACACUUGAUGCUUAACACACGCAGUGUUUUCAAAUAAAAUGAAUUCUACAGGA